AUGCAGGCGGCGUCGGCGCCCGUGGAGACGGCCGUGACGCAGGCGGGCGCCAACGUGACGCUGGCCUGCCCGGGCGUGUCGGAGCACUCGCUCGUGUUCACGCUGGAGUGGCGGGCGCGCGCGCGCCUGGUCGAGUACGCCGGCGAGAGCACGACUGUGUGGGAGCACCGCCGCCGCCUGUCGCUGGAGCCCGGCUCGUUCGCGCUGCGCAUCCGGCCCGUGGAGUCGGGCGACAGCGGCGUCUACAGCUGCCUCGUCAACAACCGGCCGCAGCCCGAGGCGCUGGUGCGGCUCGUCGUGCAAGAUGUUCCCGACCCACCCGGCCGGCCACUCAUCAUGGGCUUCACGUCCAGAGCGGUCAACCUGUCCUGGGCACCCCCACAGGACACGCACAACAGCCCCAUCAUGCACUACAUCAUUCAAGUCAGGGUCGGGGAGGAAGGCGACUGGGACCAAAAGAACGCCAUCGUGACGGAAGCGAACGAGACGAGCCAUCAAGUGGGCGGCCUGCUGCCCUACACUGUGUACAGCUUCCGCGUGCUGGCGGUGAACGCCAUGGGCCCGAGCCGCGCCAGCAAGGAGUCCUACUACAUGGUCACGCUGCGCGAAGUGCCGGACGGCCGGCCCACUAUCACGACAGCGCACAACACCAGUGCCACGUCCAUCUACCUGAGCUGGCGCGCCCCGGCGCGCGACUCCAUCCACGGCGAGUUCCUCGGCUACCGCAUCGAGUACCGGCCGCGCGAGCAGCGGCACGAGUCCGUCAAGGAGAUCUACAUCCGAGACGCAAACGUAGACAGCCACACCAUUACGAAUCUGGAGACAUACACCCAGUACCGGGUGUCUCUCCAGGUUUUCAACCCGGAAGGACCUGGUCCCAGCACAACUGUCCUGGUAAUGACAGAUGAAGGCGAAUGUCGGUCGGUGACGAUCCCAGACCUGGACGACCUUCCACAUCAACAGAUGAUGAACAUGUUGAAAGAGUUCGUGCCGCGUUUGUUGGCUGACGAUCAUAAACCACCCCGUAUUGAAAUCAGCCAGGAACUGCCUGACACUACCAAUGCCAAUGAAAAAUUCCUUGAGAACAUCACAACAGGCGACGAGACGGAGAACUACCGCAACCCACCGGGUGCGAUCGCGCAAGAGAACUUCAUGCCAGGUGCAAGGAAAACAAAGAGUGACUAG